CAUUACGUAUAUUUGUCCAGGUGACAUUUUGUAAUCGUUGCUACCAUACAGUGGUAAGUUUUAAUCUUUACAAAAAGGAAAUGAUAAACUAAAAAUUACCAAAACUCUUAUUACUUUUAAAAAAGGGUAUUAACCCAUUCAGAAGUAACAAUUGACGAGGCACAUCUCUAUUAAAGUAUGUUUCAAGUGUUUUAAUAUUUUUUCCUACCUUCAAUUUGAAUGAAAAUUUCAAGCGAAGUAAAAAAUAAUAAUUUCUGAAAACAACCUGAUCACAGUGGCUUCUUCCAAAGCAAAGUUUUAAAGUUGUCCUACUGCUUGUUCUUGAAACAUUGUUAGUCAGUGGUGGUUGGAGUGAGUGGAGUCCCUGGAGUAUCUGCACUAAAACAGCCAGUGGCAUACAGAUAAGGUUUAGAGAAUGUUCCAAUCCAGAACCAGUAUAUGGCGGGAAACAUUGUAAUGGGAGCAGAGCACUCGUAAGGGAAUGCAACAAAAUGUUCAGUUGCCACGAAGCAUUUCCACUACGCUUUAAAACGGAGAGCAACCCGUCAGUUGGUACAAUGGAAAUCUAUACAAACAGCAGCUGGAAAAAGCUUUGCACCAGUACGUGGAAUAAAGUUGAAGUAGAUUUGACGUGUAUGGCAAUGGGAUACUCAAACAGCAGUAAUUAUGGUAGAUGGUAUGAAGACAGUGGCAAUUUAUCAGAGACAUCCACUAAUUUCAACUGCACCUCCACUUUGACCAAAUGUGAAGAAAGCUUCUCAAACAGACUGCAAUUCUGCAAAGUUCCCGUUCGCUUGAAUGGUGCAAAUGUAGAGUAUGGUGGUAGAGUGGAAGUAUUUUACAAAGGGAAAUGGGGAAAAAUUUGUACCACUGGAUGGGAUUUCAAUGAUGCCCGAGUUAUUUGCCGUCAACUCGGCUUUGAAGAGGCUCUUGCUGAAUUCAUUGGCUCAAACGUAGAGGAUGGAAACAUUACUUCUGUAAUGGUGGGUGUUUCCUGCAAUGGAGAGGAGGUAGAACUUGCAUCGUGCCCUCGCAUUGAUGGAAAGUUAAAUGUCCCCGGUCAAUGUCGAGGAGAUGGCAAAGGUUCUCAAGCACUGUGUCAACCAAAGAACAAAGAAGUAUUGGGAAAAGAGAAUCUUUACUUUGAUAUUGGCAGCAAUGAAAUCCUGCACUGCUCAAUACGUAGCAAAACCAGUUUUUCGAGAUGGUUCAUUAAUGGUCAAAAGGUGCAAAGGACGAAUUCUUCUUCUAAGAGGGUCAAGACCACAAAAGAUGGUAAACUGGUCAUAGAAAAUGUGCAGUUGUCUGAUGGAGGAACAUAUGAAUGCCUCAGACUGGAAUAUGUUCAGUAUUACACGGUUUACAUUAAUGCAAGAUUCACUGAGAACACUAGAGACCAGCAGAGCCUCACUGCUUACACAUCUGGUACUAUAAACUGUGGUGCUGAAGGAACACCACGUCCACAGAUAACUUGGAGGAAACAAGGAGAAAAGUUAGUACUUGAUGGGAGAAGAUAUACUCAAAUUGCCAAUGGCAGUCUACAGAUUGAUCCUGUUAACCCUGAAGACGGUGGCACAUACAGAUGUACCAUGACACAAAAUAAAGGAUCAAAAAGGGUCACAAGCAGACACAAAAGCAUAAAUGUGUCUGUUAUAGUUCGACCAAAGGUGAGUGUUUCAGGAGCAAGCAAUCCAAUCAGAGAAGGAGACAAUGUGACUUUGACUUGUAAAAUUAUUCAAGGUCGGCCACAGCCACAGAUAACCUGGCUUAAGAAUAACUUAUCCAAAGGACAUAAGAUGUCUCUCCUCUUUAAUAACAUAACAAAGGAAGACGCAGGUCUGUACACCUGUAAAGCAAAAAAUCUUGGAGGAAUUUCUGCCGAAAAUAUCCAUAUUCUAGUUAACGAAAAACCCGCUGCUCGAAUAAGGCGAAAUUCACAAUCAACACUCGCCGCAGGUGAUGAGCUCUUACUGACUUGCAGUGUCAACGAAGCAGCAGUAAAUAUCACUUGGAAAAAAGAUGGAGGCCUAAUAAGAGAAAGUGCAACCAUUCAUUCGCAAUUGGAUGAGACUACAAGUCGUCUGAUUAUUGCAAAGGUUGUGAAGGACGACAGCGGUAACUAUUCCUGUGAAGCUCGUAACAGACUAGGAGAUGUGGCCGGCUCCACUGUGAUGAUAAUAGUCGGACUUUCGCCGCAUUUAAAUCCUGAACUCAAGAAUCUUUCAGUUCCACUGAACUCAACAUUUGGAAAAGAUUGUUUUAAACAGGGUGAUCCUCCAGUAUCUGUCAACUGGACUAAGGAUGGAGAAGCUCUUAGUAACAACAAUACGUUAAAUAUUGAGCACGUGACUUUUAAUGAGAGAGGUUUCUAUGAAUGUGUUGCUGAAAAUCUGUUUGGAAAAGUUAACAUCUCCUUCUGGAUCGAUGUCACUGUGUCUCCUCAGAUUUUAUUGCCUCCGGUAAACCAAUCAGUUAUUGAAGGAGACCCAGUAAGCUUUACUUGCCGUGCCAAAGGUGUUCCAACACCAAAACUGACCUGGACAUUUGAUGGCGGUAAACUUCUACCGGGUAUUAAUCAAAAAAAUUUUGAGAGAGAGUCAUUCCUGGAAUCAUCCCUGCAAAUGCAGAGAGCAACAAAGGAAAUGGAAGGAUCGUACAAGUGUACAGCAGAAAACAAAGCAAAUAGAAUAAAUUAUUCCGCAACACUUCAAGUAUUUGAAAAACCUACUGCCAAAGUAAGUCCAAAACCAUACCCAACGCUUACUCAAGGUGAUAAGCUUAGAUUAACUUGCAGCGUCAACGAAGCAACAGUAAAUAUCACUUGGAAAAAAGAUGGAGACCCAAUAAAAGAAAGGGCAGUCAUUGAUACGCAAUUGGAUGAGACAACAAGUUAUCUGGUUAUUGCAAAGGUUGUGGAAGGGGACAGUGGUGAAUAUUCCUGUGAAGCUCGUAACAGACUAGGAAAUGUGGCCCGCUCCAUUGUGAUGAUAAAAGUCAACCCUGUGAGUCCAUUCCUGGUGUGGUAUUAUAUUUUUGGAUCAAUGGCUGCUGUCAUUGUUAUUUUGCUCAUGGGCUGCUAUUUUUGGAAACGUCGAAGGACAGCGGCUGCUACAGCUCUUCCUUAUCAAGGGGAGGCAGUUGAGAUGGAGCUGUUGAAUGUAGAAGUGGAUGAAUGGGAGAUUGAAGUGAACCGUGUCCUGCUUCAAGACGUCAUUGGGCGAGGGGCAUUUGGAGCAGUGUGGAGAGCUCUUCUUAGUUCUCCAAAUGGGAGACCUGGAAAUCGCACAGUUGCUGCUAAAUGCUUCACACCCACCGCAGGGGAGGAAGGUAGAAAAUCUUUGAUGAGAGAGAUCGAGCUGGGAAAAAUUCUCGGAACAAGCAAUCAGCCAAACAUGGUGAAGUUCAUUGGCUGCGUCACUAGACAAGUUCAUCCGAUCCUUAUCAUGGAACAUUUGCCAUGUGGUGACCUGCUUGGUUACAUGAGAAAAUGCCGAGGAAUUAAUGAUCGGUAUUAUCUUGGAGAAGGAAGGCCUCAAGUUUUGAACAACUAUGACCUUGUGCUAUUUGCCAAACAAAUCGCCGCCGGUAUGGUAUUCCUUGGAUCAAGGGGGAUAAUCCAUCGUGACCUGGCAGCUCGAAACGUCCUCCUUGAUAACAACUAUGUGUGCAAAGUGACCGACUUUGGCAUGGCAUAUCAAAGCUUCAAAUACGGUCAUGGAAAUGCCAAAAAGGGCUGUUUGCCAAUCAAAUGGACUGCACCAGAGAUUUUGUUGGGAAAUUUCGCUGGACUUUCCACCUUGAGUGACGUGUGGUCUUACGGAAUCGUCCUGUAUGAGAUAGUUACCCUUGGAGGAAUUCCAUAUGAGGGAUGGUCAGAAGGGAAUGUGGUUGCACGAGUCACACAUGGAUACAAACUUCCAAAGCCCGAUCAUGUUGAUGAUAAACUGUAUGCUAUAAUGAAAAGGUGCUGGAAUUUUGACCCCGACUUUCGUCCUCCCUUUGAAAACCUUCGAAGAAGAAUGGAUACCUACCUUCGUGAAGAGACAUAUCUGCACCUGCUCGACAUGGGAUCUUAUGACACGACCAAAUACUCCAAGGUUGAAGAUCUCGGAGGUGAAGAUGCCGAACCAAGUGCACGACCUCUAGGGAACGCCGCGGCAAAGAGAUUAGGAAAGUGGGCCAGCGACCGUCGUUAGACAGUGUCAUUUUGAAUAUUGCUUAGGAACCAAGCACUCUGUAGUGCAUAAAGUAUUAGAAGAAAAUAUGUACUGGUGAUAACGGUGAUAAUUUAAGGGCCUUAUUGUGUUAUAAUAAAUCAAAGCUGUUUCCUCGAUGAGGCACCUUUAAGUCAGUUUUUUCUUAAGUCGCAAUUGAUAAAUAACUCGAUUUAGCUGGUAAAGUCCGGAUAUUUAAAAAAGGAGGUUAUUGGUAAAACAAGACGACUAGUUGUUAGCAAUCAUGUUAUUGAAGUGUCCCCUGCUGGUGAUAUAGUCCUGAUAAGAUAUUUAGUAGUUUAGUGUUGAUUUAGUCAUGGAUCUUUCAGUAGCGUGUCCUUUAUCGACGAGACUGGUGACAUGUCUUGUAAUAUGGUGUUACAUGGGUCGUAAAUUGCUUAAAUUUUGUGUCAUUGGUAUCAGAAAACAAAAAAAAGUGCAUCGCUAUCGGUAUGUUUACUCUAACUUUCUUGUUGUUAUUGUUAAAUGCUUUUUCAUAAACGGAGAGAACCGUCUCAAUAGAGUGAUUCUAAAAUCAAAUUAAUCAAGUUAUUAUUCCAAUAUUUUCGACUCGUACAAGAAACAGAGAGCGCUAUUCAGAGGGGUUGUGGCUGAUAGACAGACCUUUACUAUGAUGAAAUGAACCGCUUACUUCAAAGUGGAAAUGUCGCUAGAGCAAGGAUGAGCGUUUAUUUCUGUACAUUAUCGAAACACACUAAGCUGUAUUUAAAAUUUUGUAAAACACUCUAUUUGAUAUCUGCAAUAAAAGAGUAGAAGCGUA